AUGGACUUUCUCAAAGUUUCAGACAAGACAACAACUCCAUGUAGAAGUGACUCUCUGUUUGGUUUGAAUCAGAAACAAUACAAAGAGUCGUCGUCUUUUGGAUUCAGAGACAUGGAGAUUCAUCCUCAUCCUAAUCUCAUUACUCCUUAUGCAGGAAACGGAGUAUUGGGUUGUUAUUAUUACUACCCAUUCACAAACGCGCAAUUAAAGGAGCUCGAGAGACAAGCGAUGAUCUACAAGUACAUGAUCGCGUCAGUUCCUGUUCCUUUCGAUCUCCUUGUCUCAUCGUCAACAUCCUCUGCUUCUCCCUGUAAUAAUAAAAACAUUGCCGGAGAUUUAGAACCGAGAAGAUGCCGGAGAACGGAUGGUAAGAAAUGGAGAUGCUCUAAAGAAGUAGUCUCUAAUCACAAAUACUGUGAGCGACACUUACACAGAGGUCGUCCUCGUUCAAGAAAGCAUGUGGAACCUCCUUAUUCUCGACCCACCAACAAUGGUGGUUCAGAGAAAAACAGAGAUCUCCGAAAUCUUCCUCAACGAAAACUAUCCGUAAAAGACAAAAUACUUGAACCAAAGGAGGUUUCAAUUUCAUCAUCUCUCUCAAAAUACAGAGAAUCCAGAGGAAGCGAGAUGUUUCCUGUAUCGACAACAACUGAGGAAGAAAACAAGUAUUUGAAUUUCAUCGAUGUAUGGUCUGAAGGAGUAAGAUCAUCUGAAAAACAGAGUACAACUUCAACCCCUGUUUCAUCUUCCAAUGGCAAUCUCUCGUUUUACUCGCUAGAUCUUUCAAUGGGAGGAGGAAAUAACUUAAUGGGCCAUGUCGAAACGGGCCUGAUCCAAAUGGGUUUAGGAAUAAUCGGGUCGGGUCGUGGAGAUGAUCACGGAUACGGUCCUUAUGGUGUGUCUUCUUCACUGGAGGAGAUGUCGAGCUGGCUUGCUCCGACGUGCGCCACUCCCGGCGGACCAUUAGCGGAGAUACUAAGGCCAAACCCGAGUUUUGCGUCCUCCGGCGGCGACAUGGAAUCGUACAGUGUUACGGCGACGGCGACUCCGAGCUCGUCGCCUUCUAGAGUUGUGAAGAAGAUGAUGACUGGUUCGGUGUCUGAUGAAAGCAGCCAGAUUUAG